CCUGAACAAGGGAGUGUAUGAGCUUUCUGUGACUGGAAUGUCAGGCAAUCAAGUGGUUAUAGAUGACAAGACAACAGUAAGUGUUGCCGCAAGAGGUCCCACUGUUCUGGUACAGACAGACAAACCAGUCUACAAAGCGGGUCAAACAGUGAAUAUGAGAAUUGUUGUUCUCAAUUAUGACAUGAAGCCAUCAACACAGGACAUCACUGUAGAAAUAUUGGAUGGAGGAGGUAAGUCCGUGAUCAAGUGGACUAACCUGCAGCCAAUGAAUGGACUUGUUACUCGUUCAUUGCCCUUGUCAUUGGAGCCUACACUUGGCACUUGGAAUAUCACAGUGAUCAUGCUUACACAACAGUCACUACAAAGAAGUUUUGUUGUCCAGUUUGCUUGUUUUGAUGUCAAAGACUAUGUUUUACCCAAGUUUGACGUUGAGCUUUUCAUUCCACGCUACGUUGUCUAUGGAGAUGCAGAUCUAACUGGCGCAGCUGCAGCAAGGUACACAUAUGGUCAACCAGUAAAGGGAAUUCUCUGUUUGCAAGUAACAUCAAAGUUUGAAAGUGACUACUCUUACUUAGAGAGAACAUCAAUUGAAGUUUGCUAUGCUAUUGAUGGACUAGUUUCUUUCUCGUUGCACCUUGAAUCUGCAGUGGACUUCUUCUAUAUUUGGAAUGGUGUUCUGCCUAAUGGUUUAGAGUUGAAUGCCACUGUAACAGAGCGAGGAACAGUUGUAACAUACAACAUGUCAGCAUCUCUGUUUGUCGCCAAGGAGCCUUACACUCUAAGUUUCUUACCAGGAACUCGCUCUUUCUUUAAGGCUGGUUUGCCGUUUUAUGUUACAAUUUGGGUUGCAACACCUGAUGGUUUGCUUGCCCUUAAUGUGUCUGAGGUAACCUUGGUGAUCUUUGGUGAUGAUGAACUAUUGGAUGUUGUCGCACUUUCUGUGGUGAAUGGGACAGCAUCACACAAACUAUUCUAUAGGCAAAACAAGUUUAGAAAUUUAAUUUCACUGAAGGCAAGACUGUGUUUUGGUAUGACUAGUAUGUACCAUAAUUUAGUGAUGUGUUGACUCAGGCUAC